AUGAGAUUCAACAUUUUGCUGGGCCUCGGCCUCUUUGCGGCUCAGUCUGCCGUUGCAAGUCCUUUCAAGAGAGGCAAAGGCAUAACUCAUGUAGUUACGGAGAUUGUCACCGCCACGCCAAAGGCGCGGGCCGAUGAGAUAGAAGCAUCUUCUGACCCGGAAACAACAUCUACUGUAGUCAUAACCGAUACGCAGACGGUAUUUCUCACCUCAAUGUCGACUGCCUCUAUCAGCUCGACAGUUCUUGUCACAGAGGCUGUCUUUGCUACCGAGACUGAUACAGUAUCUUCUACAAAGACUGCUACUAGAACUGCGACUGCGACUAAGACCGAGACUGCGCGUGUCACUCGGGUUUCAAAUGUCAGAGCCACUUCAACCGUCAGGGUUACGAGACUAGUCUCUACUACUAAGACGGUUACUGUUGAUACUACGGCUACUUUCAACACCACUUCGACUACGAUGACGACUGAUCUGGCGUUUCACAUCACCACAGUCACUACCACCGAUGUAGAAUCUUCCACUACCACCGGCACUGUAUUACUGCUUCAGGACUUGCAGACAACCAACACUACUUUCGUCACCAUGACUACCACUGGGACUACGUCUACCACCGAUCUCGUCACCGUCACUGAUACUGCCAUCGAAACCAACGUAGUGACGGCUACCAGUACCGUCACUGACACCGACACUAUCUCUACCACACGUACAGGUGUAACUUCUACAACAGAGAAUGUGGUUCUCGUCGAUACAGUGACCAGCACAGUCACUGUAUCUACCACCGAAACAGUCACUGUGGCCGCAACUGCAACUCCAGAAACGACAGGCUCUAGCACGGAGGCUGAUGUGCAAAGAGCCAAUGUCGCUGCCGAGGCUGAGGAUGAUGAAGAAAAUAAGGAGGAGGAUGAAGCAGUUGAGGAGGAGUACAAAAAGACCAGCGGUAAAACUUCUUACAAGCCAAAUGCUAAGAAGGCUGACAAAAAGAAGGUCGUUGGUAAUGCCAAACCGACAAGGAUUUAA